AUGAAACGCCAAAACCCAUCAAUCCCUAGCGAGGGAAGGAAGAAGCAGCGUUGUCAAGAGCCUAACUCUAAAGCUUUAGCCCUUAAGGAGAUAGAGUCAGUUUCUGAGCAAGCAAAACCGUAUCAACUGGCUACAGCGAAAUUCCCGAUCGAUGCGCUCACCCCAGAAUGGACUGUCGGCGGAAACCGAUCCAUCAAUGAGGCGCACAAGCAGCGGCUUUGUGAGAUAUUCAGUGAACAAGGCCUUCUUCGAAGGGAUCCAGGUCAUCGACUUAGAAUAGCGUGCACCAAAGAGCAGGUGAAGAAGAUGCUAGAUCAUCUCAGCUGGAAGCAGGCGCAGGAUGGACAUGUUGCCGCUGCAAGAGAGGAUAUGCGGGGAGAGGAGUUCGAGUGGCCUUCAUUUGAAGAGUGGGAUAUGGUAGUGGGAGAGAAGGCCGAACUUAUGGCGGGUAAUCAUAGAGUAGAGGCUCUGAAGAAGCGCCUGCGGCUUUUAGGGUGUGGCAAUGAAGAGCGGUGGUGGAUUUGCGAUAUUUACGACAAAGACGCACUGCCACUGCAUCUGCGCAUCAAGCUUCGGGCCAACCGAGAAGAUUUGAUUCUGCCUGACAACCAUGGCCAGAUAUGGACGGAGUUGGCGACCUUGUCGUCUUCAGAUAACACACUCUUCCAAGGCCCAAAGACAGACGUAGAGCGGGAAAUGCUAGAACACCUUCGGCUAAGUGGUCCAGUCAAAUUUCCGGUGAGGCGACUGUGCACUCUAUGGAGGAAUCAGAAUUGGAAGCGAAUGAUUACAAGAUGGUGCGAAUUCUCGCUUGGUCAGGCAACAUUUAACAUUUCUACAUUUGAAUGGAUGGCGAGCUGCAGGAUAGACGAUGUAACAAUUAGAAUCGCACUAACACUAAGAGUACAACAGUUCUGGUUCACCACGUUCCACUCAGUAAUCGAUUCAAUAUCUCGAAUACGCAGUGAAUUCAGCAUUGACGUCCAGUCCAGUGACUGGAUUAAGUUGGCGAGUCUCCCGCAAAUACGAAAGCCUGCAGAUGUUCAACAACUGUUCUACCCUAACCUGGAAAACCAAAACAAACAAAAAGAUGUUACCCUCUGCCGGCAGCGAAACUUUUUCUUGACAGCUGGCGACGACGUAUACGAUAGGCUGUAUCGAUUUGUGCUUUCAACGCCAGACCUGGGCUUUGCGGACGUCCACUCUCUCCUUAAGACCACGAAGCAGGAGGGGAAGGUAAUGAGCAUUGUAAUGUCCCAUGUUGGCCAAUGGCUGAACCGUGAUCCUGCAAGAGUCGGCGAGCGUGACAACAACAAGCCUCUCCUACGCAAGGAUCUCCUGCCAGCUUUGCGGGAGAAGUGCGGCGAUGAUGCGGAGAAGCAGUCUAUAAAACUCCAGGAGCGUCUUUUGGGGUACGUCAGAGACAAAAUGAGCGAUUUCACCAGCCCAGCAAUGGAGCAUUACCUACACGAGUACCCAGACAAUACCAGGGAUGCUUAUGCUAAACGGUUCGAGCAUCAGGCAUGGAGAGACAUGUUGAUUCUUGUUGUUGAGUUGGCCGGCCCGCAUCUACAGCACGAAUGCCUGGUGCAGUUCAACACUAAGGAUCCUAGGGAGAUAAGCUCAAAACCUGCAUCCGCAAUUGCUCAGGCUGUUUGCAAAUCAAUCUCCUGUAUCCCAGAGGUAGCGCAAAACCCGGCGCUGAGAGAGAAAAGUGCAGCAGACGACUUGUGCAAGAUAAUGGAGCUAGUAAUCGCUAAGUGGGCUGCAAAGCAAUGCGCUGAAGCGUUAGAGUGUCACAGCAAAGAAUGGCAGCCAUCAACGGUUCGAUUAAUAGAGGCAGAACGUGCAAAGUACGAUGCGCUGCUGGAGGAAAUGCGCCCUGUGAGCCCUUUCUUCCCCAGCCCAUCGGUCUUUCAGUCGAUUGCUCUUAGCGAGGCCCAUGGUGGAAAUGAUGUGAUUUGCGAUAGCGGAUCAUGCACGCACGAGUCACAUAGGGAGCAUGCCACAACCCAAAGGAGCAAAGAUGGGGUGACUGCUAGCUCUUGCAAGACAGAGAAUUCUUAG